AUGAAGCUACUUCACAUUCUUCCCAAGACGUGCUUUGUUAAAGUGAUAGUUUAUUCAUAUUUGCUUCUGAAACAAGAUGGGAUUUUACGUCCACAACAACAUAAAUUUAUGCCACUGAAACAUAUUUUACUCCCGUUCUCCUCCCCUAUGGUUGAUUUUCAGGUCAAAGCUUCUUGUGAGAAGUACCAGACAGCAUCACUGAAGUUCAUGCAUGUGUGA